GUUGCACGCUCCGCGGGCUGCCGGACGCACCAUGCCCCAUCCGGCCAUGUUCAAACUGGGCAGCAGCGGCAGCCGCGCCGAGGGCAACCCCAUCCUCAACAUGUACGAGAUGGGCAAACAGGUGGCCACGGCCGGCCCAGAGAUGGUGUGGCGCAUCCAUGAGGGCCAUCGGCAGAGCGACGGGAAGGAAGUUUCCAUCUUCGUGUUUGAGAAGAAGAUCGCUGAAAAGCUGCACAAGCCCAAGCGCCGCGAGACAGUUACCGAGCUGCUGCGGGCAGGAGUGAAGCAGCUCGAGCGGUAUCGACACCCGCGGAUAUUGCAGGUAGUCCACCCGGUCGAGGAGUGUCCCGAGACGCUGGCCUUCGCCUCUGAGCCCGUGCUCGCCUCCCUGGCCAACGUGCUCAGCCCGGCAACCGACGGGGACAAGACCAACGGCCACAGCUUCGCCAAGGACUACUCGUUCCUCGACAUCGAGCUCAAAUACGGCAUUCUGCAGAUCACCGAAGCGUUAUCGUUUCUGCAUUAUUCUGCGCACAUCCUCCACAACAACGUGUGUCCCAGCAGCAUACUGGUCACCAAGAGAGGCACCUGGAAGCUGGGCGGUCUCGAGUUCUCAGAGAAAAUCGGCGAGCAGGAUGGAAACGACAGCAUCCACUGCCAGGCUUGGUCAUCCAGGGUACCGAAAAUGGCACAGCCCGACUUGGACUUUAUCG